CACACCGAUAGUGAUAUGGACGGUACGGAAAUAUUUCGACAUUUUCGACUUUUCCGAUAACAAAAAUACGCAAGAUUUAACCAAAAAAAUUAGGAGCUAAUCAAUUUUUGCAGCAAGUUUCGAUUUCGGACAGUCAUAUAGUGGAUAUUAGCCAAAUAGAACAUAAAAGGAUGGGUUAAAACGGCAGGAGUUUUUUGGUGGAAAAGAAGACAAGUGUAACUAAUAACGCUUCCGUGAAAAUUCUGGAUCAGUGAUACUGGCAGGCGUUUCCCUCAUGCAGUUUAUGACACACCAGUGCAUGCAUGCGUGCAGAUGCAUGUUAACACUCGAAAUGCAGUGCUUAGAACUUUGAUAUAUGAGAAAACAGGCAACGCUUCAGCUAACAGCAGACGGAACUUGAGCGAAGUAGAUAGUACCAUAGAAAUAUUAUCGUCUGCAGAAUGGAUGUUUUUCUGGAUUAGCAUUAUUUUCUCUCUGAUGAUUCAACUACCAUUGUGUUUCGUCGGCUUAAUAAUUCAUCAUUUAGUGCAAAUACCAUGGAUUUAAUUGCAGAAAAUAUAUAGUGUGACUUGGUAUAAGCUGAUCAUUUUCAUGUAAUAUAGUGGACUCCGUAUUUAUAUCCCGCUGAAAGUUGGAAUUUCAAUCUUCGUACAGAGAAGAAUUGCUCUGGGAUUUAUUACGAGUUUGCAAUCAUAUCUUUAUUAGCUUUGCCUGUUGUACAAAUUUGUGGAGAAAUUAUCCUAGAUUUACAAGCCAGUUGUACUAGAAACGGGAGUUGCAAAGUAGUUCCUCUGAAUUACUGGUAUAUGAUUGAUGACGGGUAAAAAAAGUAUUAUUUUUUUGUGAUUGGAUAUAAAACUUGAUAGAUUAUGAUGAAAUAGUGAGGAUAAUUAUUGGAGAUAAAGGAUUAGAAGGCAUUUACAUAUCGGAGGUCAAGGUCACAAAAUGAAGCAGUCGUCAACUUAUGUAGCAUCCCGCCAAUUCCACAGAUGGCUUAUCCCCGAGAAAACCGUGAUGGGGAUAUUUUCCCUAGGGAUAAUUCUGGUGUUUGUUGGAGCCGUUCUUCUUGCUGUCUCUAGUGUCGCUAGUGGAGCCCUGGCAAUCAUUGGUGGCGUGCUACUCGCAGUAGGAUUGAUCCUCCUUCUUAUUUGCAUUAUUCUGUGUACGCAUGCGUGGUGUGUCUGGCAUGUCCGGGAUGUAGAAACGCAGACGAUAGAAACGAUGGUUGUGGGUGGAGAUCAAGUUGACGGUGAUUGGUUCUCGCCAUAUGGUACAACGGAUAAGAGAGUCCCAAACGGCGUCCUAAGAGACGGUAGACAGUCUAAUACGCUUACGAAAAAGCACGUGACAAUUUCUCCAAAAUCAAACGAGAGCUUCACCAGCGGGUACAUGUCUGGCAGGCAAGGUGAUUCCUUGAGAUCUAAUGAAUAUUCGAGCUCGAAAGGAGUUAUGUCACCCUCGUCAGUUAAAUCUGGCCCCAGCUCAGUUUCCUCUGAUAUGUCAACUUUAGCAUCAUUUGCAUAUUUAAGUGACCCUUCGAUGGCCACGCCCUAUAGCUCAUUAAAUCAAAGACGACAAGUUCAAGGUAAUGUUGUUCAAGUGCCAAUUCAUGUUCAAAAUGGAUAUGGGUCUGUGCCCCGAAAUACUGAGGGAGGGAGAAUGGCACAGGUUCGGCCAUACCAAACAGAACAAGGGCAAGGCUUUAGAUCAAAUGUCCCGCCCACGAGGCGUCAUUCUGAUGAUGAUUAUGAUAAUACGGGCGAAAUGGUUGCAAUGUUGCCCCAACAAACAGUUCAGCCAACCAUGCCACAACAGUGGCAGCAACCAUGGCAACAACAACAGCAGCAAAAUGUAUAUAACCAGCAAUGGCAACAUACGCAACCACCUCCUCAGCAAACUGUAUGGCAAUACAAAACGACAGGUAACCAAUCAAAUUGGCGCCAGGAUAAUCCCGCCUUCGAUGAACCUCCUUCGCAGCCAUUGGUCAGGCCGUCACAAAGGCGACCAAUGACUUUUGAGCAAAUUUCGUCAUCUAAAGUGAGUUUGUACGAUAACAUGCAAAUGGCAAAUCGUGACGAUGAUGAAUGAUUUUUAAAAUGCUUUAAACUAAGUGUGAUGAGUUGACCUAUUGCUUGAGUAUCCAAAUCCAUUUUUGCAACGGACUCGCGAUGGUUAAAAAGUUUAUAAGUGCCAUUAUUUUUAUAUGAAAAUGUGUACGUUUAGGCAUGAAAAAUAAUAACGAAGGGGUUUAUUUUAAAGACAAGCCUUAGUUCAUUUGAAAGGGCGAUGCUGGUAUUUUUGCAAGGUGCUAUUUUCUAUUUUGUAUUGUGUUCAGUCCAUACUAUGCCUUCUGACAUGAUAAGAGGACAGACGAUGAAUUCGGAUCAUGGCGAAUAACGGACUGCUAAUAUAUAUCUUCUGGGCAUAUCAUACAGGGCUCGUAGGACUUCCAUAUAUAAUCUUUUGAAUCAGGGAUAAAACACCAACGUUGAACGAGAUCACCAUUUGAUGAUAAGGUAUCAAUGAUUCCGCAAUGACACUCAGUAAUUUCCGUGUGAUUACAUAUAUUCGGCAUUGUUCGGACGUAAAGUAGCCAUGCGUGCGCAUAACUUUCCGUAAAAAACCGGAAAUUGCCGAAAUGUCAUAUAGAGAAUACGUAAUUUUGCUGAUUGUCAUUACUGUUCCAAUAUCUUACCUUAAAACUUGAACAAAAAUAUUGGUGCAAAAACGCACAGAUAAAAGUUUAAACAUACUGAAAUUAAAAUCGUAAAUAUCAACUAAAUUGCUGUUAUAGACUGAAUCUACAAAGGCUUUUGUCAAAGUUGCGUAAAGGAUAUGCUUUUGAAUUCUUAUUAUUCCGGUGUGUAGAAAACAUAGUUAAUACAGAUCUGAAAAAAAUACAAAGUACUUUAUAUGUAAUACUAUAUUGUUAAGUAUAAUUGUAAGUGAUUCGUGAUUUUUUGUUGUUGAGUGUUGAGAACGAAUGCAGCAAGUGGAAAUUUUAAAUGUUGCUUAUAUGACACACUGCCCUGAUGAUUUUAAUCUUGUCAUUUUGUAUCGUACGUAUUGUAUUUGUAAUAUUAUUUAAAAGUGAUGACUUGAUAUCCUUUCCACAGCCUUAACGUACUAAAACGUAUUAGCGUCUGAUGGCCCUUUCACGCUUCCGUAGAAACAACAUUUAUUACACGAAACUUAUUUUGAAAAUAUUUCUGAAAUGUCUAAAGCCCAGGUAAUUUCAAUUCGUAAUAAAGUACUGAAAAUUGCCUCCCCAAUAGCAAAUAAUAAAAAAAAAAGGAAGUCCACGCGCAUACAUUUAGACGGGGUGACCCCUGCGCGUGACCCCUGACUAUCUGCGAACCAAAAUGCGGCUUUCGUUUUCAAGUUUAGCAUUUUUAUUUUCAUUUUAUUUACUUCCGGAAAUAGCUGAAGGUCGAGUGACGUCAUUUUCUGUGUUGUCAAAAACAUACAUAUGCCUGGCGAGAUUGCAUAAAAAUGUGCUGGCCGUCCUAAGGAUAUGAGGUUUUCAAGUCAAAGGAACCGUUUUAUAAAGCCAUGACAUUUAUUUUGAAAUGACGUGAUAACUGCACGAGUUAUUUUUUAUGAUUUAUUCUCUUGCAACAUUACCAAGCUAAACAUCAGCAAACUAUUCUGGCUGAGACCUCCUGCAUUUGAAAUUAUGAUGAUUCUACAUGUCUACUAAGAAUAUUUAUGUUUACUCACUAGUAGUCAGUACUAAAUGUUACAUUAUUUCAUCCUUACUGACAUUUGUACAUACAGUGUACACCAGCAGAUUUUAAAAGCUUUUAUUAAAUAUGCGUUUCACAAAGUUUUGGAUGUCAUUUUCCGUUUGUUUUUUUUUUUUUAACUCUGUGUAAGACAUAAAUAGGUUUCUAACCUGUAAAACUUAAUCCGAAAAACACAGAACGAAAAUGUUGUUAGUCAGUAUCCCCUAAAGUUCAUGAAAGUUUACAUAUUGAGCAUCUUUAUGCUAAUUACCGCAAUGUACACCGACAGUGAUGUAAAGUCACAAGUUACUUAAACAGUUAAAACAGUAAGAAACACCCUUUUCAAUGUUUUUGUUCACUCCAACACUACUGUCAAGUUUUCCUUACAUAACAAUAAGGGCUUGCGAUUACAGACCAGCCUUUAUAAUUCCUACAGAUGAUUGGCUAAUCUUUAUCACGUGUUUUAACUGACCAAUGGCAAUGUUGCAUUCUGAGACUGGUCGUCAAAGUCAGUUAGAUAGCAUUAAAGUUGAUAUCAAAUGCCACAAAUACAGCGUAUUAACCAAAUUUAUCCGAAAAUUAUUGACAAGGGGAGCAACUCUUAAUGAAUUAGAUCUGGUGGGUUUAUUGUAUGAGUAUACUUUUCUUGUAUUUAAAUGUGUUAGACAUCUGUUUUUGACAAUGAUCUGCAUUUUAUAUAGCUUUGAGAAGUUAGAUAAUGUUGUUAAAGCAUGUACUAUGAUAUUAUAUUAAAUCAAUGUUAUGUUGUUUGUAA